GCGGCUUUUGUCGACUGAAUUUGAGCGAAUCCGCAACGGCCAGCUUUGAAUUCGAUUCGGUUUGCGGUGCACGAGAACAGCAUGGACGCCAAGACGCCGACGACCCGCGAGCAACGGUCCAAGUCGCCAGACCGGAAGCGCCGCCACGGACGCAGCCGAAGCCGGUCGCGCGAGCGUAGCCGUCGCGACCGGGACCGUCGCCACCGCAGCCGCAGCCGCGACAGGUCUCCUCGCCGAGCCCCCAAGCGUCCGAAACGGCGCAGCCGGUCGCGCUCGGCCGAGCCCAAGAAGGUCGCGACGAAGGAGCCGGCGCUCAAGCCGUCGCCAACCAUCGGUCCAGCGCCAAAGCCGGAGGUAAAGGAGUCGACCGCCGUGCGCUCGAUCGCCGACAUCUUCAGCGUGUCGCACUCGCCGGUCGUGGUUGCAGCGAGUAAGCCUGUCUCCGUGACGAUCCCGAUAAAGCUGACUGAAUUGACUCGUGGCACGAAGGAGCUUAAGCGACCUGUCGACACCGAGACGACGACCGAGUGUACUCCCAGUGUAAACGCGACUGACUCUUCCGUGACGUCAAACCUACCCUCUGCUGCCCUAGCUCCGUCGACCUCUGUCACGCCUUCGGGCAUUGCCAAGGUUGACGUGGGCUCCAUGAAAAUGGACAUCCUCAAAGCGCUUGCGGCCGCCAAGUCGUCGAUCGCGGGCUUCAAAAAGCCGUCGGCCCCGAUCGUCGUUGCGCCACCGGCACCCACCAUCACAUCGCCCGAGCCCAACAUUGCCGAGCUCCCCAGCACGCAAGAAGACCAAGGUAGUACCGCCGUAGUGGCCAUCAACGAGACGGUCGACAAUGACGACGACGACGACGAAGAUGACUCAAAUGACGAGUGCUUUGAUCUGUCGGAUCUGCGAAAAACCGCCAAGGCCGGCAACGAGUCGGACGAGCGCUCGAUGACAGAGGACACGGUCGUCGCACCGCCCGUAGAGGAAACCGUCCCCGCUCCAUCGCCACCCCAAGAAGACGCGCCCGCCGACGCCGACGAUGACGACUUUGACAUGUUUGCUGCCGACGACGACGACUUUGGCGCGCGCGUGCCGAACGCGCCCGCCCGCCCCGCGAUUCUCAAAGCCACGCGCGGCCACUGCGACGACAGCGAGGGCUACUACCGUCCGACGAUUGGCGAAGUGUUGAACGGCGAGUACCGCGUUGUGGGCAACGCGGGCAAAGGUGUCUUCUCGACGGUCCUUCUGUGCAAACGCAUGACCGGCGACGAAAAGACGGUCGCGAUCAAGCUCAUUCGCGCCAACGACACGAUGCGGGACGCAGCGCAGACCGAGAUGCGGCUGCUCACCGAGCUGCAGGUCGGGCACAAGGCCAAGUACAUUGUGAAGCUGCUUGCGUCGUUUGAGCACCGCAACCACACGGCCAUGGUGUUUGAACCGAUGCAGAUGAACGUGCGCGAAGCGAUGAAGAAGUUUGGCGGCCGCGACGGCCUCUCGCUGCGUGGCGUCAAGGUCUUUUGCAAGCAGCUGCUGCUCGGCUUGGACCACCUCUCCAAGCACCACGUCGUGCACGCCGAUAUCAAGCCCGACAACAUGCUCCUGGACGAGAAGCAGUCGAUGGUCAAGCUCUGCGACUUUGGCUCGGCCUUCAAGUCGACGGGGCCAGACGCGCACGACCCGACGCCGUACCUCGUGAGCCGCUUCUACCGCGCGCCCGAGAUCAUUCUGGGCCUCGCGUACGACGCCCCCGUCGAUAUGUGGAGCAUUGGCUGCUGCAUUUACGAAAUGUACACGGGCCGCGUCAUGUUUCCGGGCCAAACCAACAACGAGAUGCUCAAGCUCUUCAUGGAGGUCAAGGGCCGAUUCCCCGCCAAGCUCCUGCGCCGUCACCGCGCCGUGUACCUCGAGAAAUUUCUCAUGGAGCCCCACUUUGACGAAGAGCUCCGCUUCAUUAGCCGCGAGAUCGACCGUGUCACAGCCAAGCCCAUGCUGCGCGUGAUGAACAAUAUGAACGCGACCAAGGACUUGGGCACGUCGCUGGCGGCGGCCCGCGCGCCCAGCGACGACAAGAAGCAGCUGGCGGACUUGAAGGACCUCCUCGACAAGGUCUUUGUCUUGGACCCGGCCAAGCGCAUCACGGUCAAGGAGGCGCUCAAGCACCCGUUCGUGCAGUCAUCGUAAGCUUUCGAGUUUGGCAAAGUAACCGAGCUGAAGCGUCAUGGUAUAAGCGAGCAUUACCCGCGGAGGUACGCGACGCACACAUACAUAAAGCCGAGUACGAGGACCAUCCCGCCAUAUACGAUCCACUUGUCGACCGUGUCUCUUCGCUCGAUGAUGCGCAGGAGCGAGCC